ACAUCACAAACGCUUGCCGCUCUAGGACCCCGAACUCGUUCUCCUUAGCCCCUUGGGCUCCGCAGGAGGUGGAGAGGCUGCGGGAGAGUCUGACGGGGCCCCUGAUACAGAAACUCGAAGCCAGGCAAAAGUUUCUCUUGGGGGGGGGGAAAAGAGCGGAAUCCCUUGGAGGGCUCAGUCCUGCAGCCCCAGAAAUGGUCCCGUGAAGGAAAAGGCAUCUGGAGACCCACCAGAGUCCUUGGAGCCAUUUGCAGUUGCUCUGCAGGACAGAGAAAGGAUGGAGACACAACCUUUUGGAAAGGAGGGAAGCAGAAAAGGCCCUUCAGCUGCUCAGCCUGGGAAGUGGGGGAAGCUCUGGACGAGGACCCGGCUCUGGACGAGGACCCGGCAGGAGAUCCUGGAGGAGGAAACCAUCCUCCCUUCAGAAGUUCAGCCCUGGAAUGUCAUCCAAUACCAGGACGCUGAGGGUCCCCGAGGCCUUUGCAGACGACUCCAUGACUUUUGUAGGCGAUGGCUGAGACCAGAAAAGCACACCAAAGCCCAGAUGCUGGACCUGGUGGCUUUGGAGCAGCUCCUGUUCCUUCUGCCCCCAGAGAUGGAGGGCUGGGUGCGGGAGUGUGGAGCAGAGACCAGUUCCCAGGCAGUGGCCCUGACUGAAGGCUUCCUCCUGAGCCACGUGGAGGAGCAGGUCGAGUUGCAGGGCUGCACUGUGGAGAUCAGAGAUCCUGACAGAAAGAAGAAUUCAUCCAAUCCCCCUCAGAAGCUAUUUUUCAAGAGGAUCCCUUGGGAAGAUCAAAGUCUGGACACUUCAGGAGAGAAAGAAAGAAUGAAGUUUUCUAGUUUUUAUGAUGGCGCUCAAACAGUGGUUGAACCUCCAAAUCAAGAGAGUCUUGUGUCCUUUGAGGAGGUGGCUGUGUAUUUCUCUGAGGAGGAAUGGUCUCAGCUGGAUCCUGACCAAAAAGCGCUGCAUUCGGAAGUCAUGCUUGAAAACUAUAGGAAUGUGGUCUCUCUCGGUAAUAAUGGGCAGGAGAAUCAAGAUUCCUGUGGACUGUUCCAAGUGAUCAAUGCUAAAGAUGGAAUGGAGAACUUUGGAAUUCGAAUGGAAAAGAUCCACACGGGCGAAAAACCAUUUAAAUGCAUGGAUUGUGAGAAAACCUUUACUCAUCGUGGUCAUCUUAUUUGCCAUAAGAUGAUCCACACAGGGGAGAAGCCAUAUAAAUGCAUGGAGUGUGGAAAGACCUUUGCUCGAAGAGGUGAUUUUAUUUCCCAUCAGAUGAUCCACACAGGGAAGAAGCCGUAUAAAUGCAUGGAGUGUGGAAAGACAUUUUCUAAAAGAGGUAAUCUUAUUACCCACAAGAUGAUACACACAGAUACAGAAACUGGAAGCCAUUUGAAAUCUUUGCAAACUAAACUUUCCUCUUGGGGAAAAAAAAAGAGCGGAAUAACUUGGAGGAAUCAAUCCUGCAACACCAGAAAUGGUCCCGUGAAGGAAAAGGCAUCUGGAGACCCACCAGAGUCCUUGGAGCCAUUUGCAGUUGCUCUGCAGGACAGAGAAAGGAUGGAGACACAACCUUUUGGAAAGGAGGGAGCCGGAAAAGGCCCUUCAUCUGCUCAGCCUGGGAAGGGGAGGAAAUUCUGGACAAGGACUGGGCAGGAGAUCCUGGAGGAGGAAACCAUCCUCCGUUCAGAAGUUCAGCCCUGGAACUUCAUCCAGUACCAGGAGGCUGAGGGUCCCCGAGGACUUUGCAGACGACUCCAUGACUUUUGUAGACAAUGGCUGAGACCCGAAAAGCACACCAAAGCCCAGAUGUUGGACCUGGUGGUUCUGGAGCAGCUCCUGGCUCUUCUGCCCCCAGAGAUGGAGGGCUGGGUGCAGGAGUGUGGAGCAGAGACCAGCUCCCAGGCGGUGGCCCUGGCGGAAGGCUUCCUCCUGAGCCAGAUGGAGGAGCAGAAGGAGGAGGUCGAGUUGCAGGGCUGCACUGUGGAGAUCAGAGAUCCUGAGGGAAAGAAGAAUCCAUCAAAUCCCCCUCAGAAGCUAUUUUUCAGGAGGAUCCCUUGGGAAGAUCAAAGUCCGGACACGUCAGGAGAGAAACAAAGAAGGAAGUUUUCUGCUUUUUACGAUGGAGCUCAAACUGUGAUUGAACCUCCAAAUCAAGAGAGCUGUGUGUCCUUCGAGGAGGUGGCUGUGUAUUUCUCUGAGGAGGAGUGGUCUCAGCUGGAUUCUGACCAAAAAGCGCUGCAUUCGGAAGUCAUGCUUGAAAACCAUAGGAACGUAGUCUCUCUGGCUAAUAAUGGGCAGGAGAAUCAAGAUUCCUGUGGACUGUUCCAAGUGAUCAAUGCUAAAGAUGGAACGGAGAACUUUGGAAUUCGAAUGGAAUUCGAAAGCCAUGAGAGAAGCCAGUCAAAUAAUUGGAAUCAGGAAAGCUCAUCUUCCACUGAUGCCCAACAAGAGAAAAUAAGGAAAAAAUAUAUUGGGAAAAGUGUGAAGCUAAUCAAAGAUAAAUCACAUGUAAACGAACACCAUUUAACCCAAAACAAAGGAGAAGAUGCUAUAAAACACAACGGACAAAACUACAAUGGGACAUUCAUUCAUUCUCUUGGAAAUAACUUUCUUAGAUCUCAAAAAGUGAUUCACAGAAAAACGGAUCCUUAUAAACGUUUGGAAUCUGGAAAACAUUUUAGAACAAGUGGGCAACUUUCUUCCCAUGAAAAGAUUCACACUGGGGAGAAACGGUGUUCAGAAGUACCUGUAGCCCAUGCAGCCCAAUCCCUCCAGGCAGCACGAGAGAAACCAUAUAAAUGCAUGGAGUGUGGGAAAACCUUUAUUCAUAGCAAUGGACUUAGAAACCACAAAGCGAUCCAUACAGGAGAGAAACCAUAUAAAUGCAUGGAGUGUGGAAAGACCUUUGUUCUGAACAAAAGACUUACUGUGCACAAAAAGAUCCACACAAGAGAAAAAUCAUUUAAAUGCAUGGAGUGUGAGAAAACCUUUACUUAUCGUGCUUGUUUUAUUUCCCAUAAAAUAAUCCACACAGGGGAGAAGCCGUAUAAAUGCAUGGAGUGUGGAAAGACCUUUGCUCGAAGAGGUGAUUUUAUUUCCCAUAAGAUGAUCCACACAGGGAAGAAGCCGUAUAAAUGCAUGGAGUGUGGGAAAACCUUUAUUCAUAGCAAUGGACUUAGAAACCACAAAACAAUCCACACAGGAGAGAAACCAUAUAAAUGCAUGGAAUGUGGAAAGACCUUUGCUCUGAGCAAAAGACUUGCUGUGCACAAAAAGAUCCACACAGGGGAAAAACCAUUUAAAUGCAUAGAAUGUGGAAAGACCUUUCUUCAAAGAGGUCAUCUUAUUUCCCAUCAGAUGAUCCACACAGGGGAGAAACCAUAUAAAUGCAUGGAGUGUGGAAAGACCUUUCCUCGAAGAUUUAAUCUUAUUUCCCAUAAGAUGAUCCACACAGGGGAGAAGCCAUUUAAAUGCAUGGAGUGUGGAAAGACCUUUGCUAAACGCAGUUAUCUUGCUUCCCAUAAAAUGAUCCACUCGGAAGAGAAACCAUUUAAAUGCAUGGAGUGUGGAAAGAUGUUUACUAAGAACAGUGCUCUUACUUCUCAUAAGAUGAUCCACACAGGGGAGAAACCAUAUAAAUGCAUGGAGUGUGGGAAGACCUUUUCUCGAAGAGGUAAUCUUAUUUCCCAUAAGAUGAUCCACACAGGGGAGAAGCCGUAUAAAUGCAUGGAGUGUGGAAAGAUGUUUGCUCAAGGCAGUUAUCUUGCUUCCCAUAAAAAGAUCCACUCAGAAGAGAAGCCAUUUAAAUGCAUGGUGUGUGGAAAGACGUUUACUAAGAGCAGUACUCUUACUGCUCAUAAGAUGAUCCACACAGGGGAGAAACCAUAUAAAUGCAUGGAGUGUGGAAAGACCUUUCCUCGAAGAUUUAAUCUUAUUUCCCAUAGGAUGAUCCAUACAAGGGAUAAGCCAUUUAAAUGCAUGGAUUGUGGAAAGACCUUUGCUCAACACAGUUAUCUUGCUUCUCAUAAAAAGAUCCACUCAGAAGAGAAACCAUUUAAAUGCAUGGAGUGUGGAAAGACGUUUACUAAGAGCAGUGAACUUAGUUGCCACAAAAAGUUGCAUACAGAGGAAAAGCUAUAUAAAUGCAUGGAAUCUGGAGAGAGCUAUACUCAGAAUUGUCAUUUUACUUCUCACAAAAGGAUCCACACUCGGGAGAAAGUAUAUAGUAAUAGCAAUUCUACUUUAGACUUACAUACUAGUCCACAAAGCUUUAUAGCAGCCUUUGAGCAGUUUACAAAGUCACCAUAUUGUCCCCAGGAAUCUGGGUCCUCAUUUUACUGCUGUGAUGUGGCAGGUGGUGUGUCCAGAGGGCUGGAUCACAUGUCUCCACAAACCCUGCACCUCUGUCUUCAUCUGUUGAUGGUGCUGCUGCUACAAGGUGUAGUCGAGCAGGAGUGGUGCCAAGCCAUGGCCACUGUCCGCUUGACCCCCGUCAUCCAACCUGGUUCUCCAGCUUUGUUGCACACACUCCGCAAGCAAAGAGAGACAGUGGGACAGCAGCUGGGAAUAAUGGAGCUUUUCAUUCCUCACCUCAGAAGCAAGGGGAAGGAAGAGGGAAAGGAGAGCAGUUGUGGUUUUGAGAACGUGGCACGGAAGCAAGGGGAAUCCCGUAAAUUUUCGCGGAAUCCACUAGGGGGCGCCUUCUGCCAAGAGAAGGGAACUCCAGACGCUUCCCCAUUGGGCCACUGGAGGGCGAAAGACACGGCUGCCUUUCACUCCGCAAUCGCUCUCCUUAACCCCCGGGGCUCCGCAAGAGGUGGGGGGGAGGUUGCGGGAGAGUCUGGCGGGGGCAGAUCCAGACGUGCCCCGGAUACAGAAACUCGAAGCCAGGCAAAAGUUUCUCUUGGGGGAAAAAAAAAGAGCGGAAUCCCUUGGAGGGAUCAGUCCUGCAGCCCCAGAAAUGGUCCCGUGAAGGAAAAGGCAUCUGGAGACCCAUCAGAGUCCUUGGAGCCAUUUGGAGCUGCUCUGCAGGACAGAGAAAGGAUGGAGACGCAACCUUUUGGAAAGGAGGGAAGCGGAAAAGGCCCUUCAGCUACUCAGCCUGGGAACUGUGGGGAGAUCUGGACAAGGACUGGGCAGGAGAUCCUGGAGGAGGAAACCAUCCUCCCUUCAGAAGUUCAGCCCUGGAAGUUCCUCCAAUACUGGGAGGCUGAAGGUCCCCGAGGACUUUGCAGCCGACUUCAUAUCUUUUGUAGACGAUGGCUGAGACCAGAUAAGCACACCAAAUCCCAGAUGCUGGAUCUGGUUGUUCUGGAGCAGCUCUUGUUCCUUCUGCCCCCAGAGAUGGAGGGCUGGGUGCGGGAGUGUGGAGCAGAGACCAGCUCCCAGGUGGUGGCCCUGGCGGAAGGCUUCCUCCUGAACCAGGCGGAGGAGCAGAAGGAGCAGGUCGAAUUGCAGUGCUGCACUGUGGAGAUCAGAGAUCCUGAGAGAAAGACAAAUCCAUCAAAUCCCCCUCAGGAGCUAUUUUUCAGGAGGAUCCCUUGGGAAGAUCAAAGUCAAGACACUUCAGGAGAGAAACAAAGAAUGAAGUUUUCUGCUUUUUACGAUGGAGCUCAAGCUGUGAUUGAACCUCCAAAACAAGAGAGUCUUGUGUCCUUCGAGGAGGUGGCUGUGUAUUUCUCUGAGGAGGAAUGGUCUCAGCUGGAUCCUGACCAAAAAGCGCUGCAUUCGGAAGUCAUGCUUGAAAACCAUAGGAACGUGGUCUCUCUGGGUAAUAGUGGGCAGGAGAAUCAAGAUUCCUGUGGACUGUUCCAAGUGAUCAAUGCUAAAGAUGGAACGGAGAACUUUGGAAUUCGAAUGGAAUUCAAAAGCCAUGAGAGAAGCCAGUCAAAUAAUUGGAAUCAGGAUAGCUCAUAUUCCACUGAUGCUCCGAUGCAAGACUUUCUUGCCCAACAAGACAAAAUAAGGAAAAAAUACGUUGGGAAAAGUAUGAAAAGUGUAAAUGAACACAAUUUAACCCCCCAAAAAGGAAAAGAUGCUAUAAGACACAGCGGACAAAAUUACAAUGGGACAUUCAUUCAUUCUCUUGGAAAUAACUUCCUUACAUCUCAAAAAUUGAUUCACGCAAAAAAGGAGCCUUAUGAAUGUUUGGAAUCUAGAAAACAUUUUAGAACAAGCAGUCAACUUACUUCCCAUGAAACAAUUCACAAUGGGGAGAAACUGUGUUCAGAAUCCCCUGUAGCCCAGUCCCUCCAAGCAGCAGGAGAGAAACCCUAUAAAUGCAAUCAGUGUGGAAAGACCUUUGCUCAAUGCAGUUAUCUUGCUUCCCAUAAAAGGAGCCACACAGGAGAUAAGCCAUUUAAAUGCACAGAGUGUGGAAAGACCUUUGCUCAAAGAGGUAAUCUUAAAUCCCAUAAGAUGAUACACACAGGGGAGAAGCUGUAUAAAUGCAUGGCAUGUGGAAAAACCUUUAUUCAUAGCAAUGGACUUAGAAAGCACAAAACGAUCCACACAGGGGAGAAGCCAUUUAAAUGCCUGGAGUGUGGAAAGACCUUUGCUCAACGCAGUUAUCUUGCUUCCCAUAAAAAGAUCCACACAGUAGAAAAGCCAUUUAAAUGCAUGGAGUGUGGAAAGAUGUUUGCUCAACGCAGUUAUCUUGCUUCCCAUAAGAUAAUCCACACAGGGGAGAAGCCGUAUAAAUGCAUGGACUGUGGAAAGACCUUUCCUCGAAUUGGUAAUCUUAUUUCCCAUAAGAUGAUCCACACAGGGGAGAAGCCGUAUAACUGCAUGGAGUGUGGAAAGACCUUUGCUCAACGCAGUUAUCUUGCUUCCCAUAAAAAGAUCCACUUAGAAGAGAAACCAUUUAAAUGCAUUGAGUGUGGAAAGACGUUUACUAAUAGCAGGGCUCUUACUUCUCAUAAGAUGAUCCACACAGGGGAAAAACCAUAUAAAUGCAUAGAGUGUGGAAAGACCUUUCCUCAAAGAGGUAAUCUUAUUUCCCAUAAGAUGAUCCACACAGGGGAGAAACCAUAUAAAUGCAUGGAGUGUGGAAAGACCUUUGCUCAUAGAAGUAAACUUAAUUCCCAUAAGAUGAUCCACACAGGGGAGAAGCCAUACAAAUGCAUGGAGUGUGGAAAGACCUUUCCUCGAAGAGGUAAUCUUAUUUCCCAUAAGAUGAUCCACACAGGGGAGAAGCCGUAUAAAUGUAUGGAGUGUGGAAAGACCUUUGCUCAACGCAGUUAUCUUGCUUCCCAUAAAAAGAUCCACUCAGAAGAGAAACCAUUUAAAUGCAUGGAGUGUGGAAAGAUGUUUACUAAGAGUAGUGCGCUUAUUUCUCAUAAGAUGAUCCACACAGGGGAGAAACCAUUUAAAUGCAUGGAGUGUGGAAACACGUUUGCUCAGAGCAGUGGACUUACUAAUCACAGAAAGAUCCACACAGGGGAAAAGCCAUUUAAAUGCAUGCAGUGUGGAAAGACGUUUGCUCAACGCCGCUAUCUUGUUUCCCAUAAAAUGAUCCACACAAGAGAAGCCGUAUAAAUGCAUGGAGUGUGGAAAGAUGGAAGCCAUAGACCCAAGCGAGUCUGUGGAAUGGAAAUACCAGAGUGUGCUCCGCAGCCAGAUCUUAGAGCGGCUACCUGAGAAUUUAUGACUAAAAAUUUCUCUACAUUUUGAUUAUUAAUUUUAAAAGAUAUAAUGGGAAAUUGUGAAUGGAGUAAGCGAUUCUACCUAUCUAUGACCGGAUCGAGACUUCGCUCUUGAAAGAGAGAUAUUUUAUUUGUUAUGUUGGAAAAAAUAAAAAAUAUUUUGCAAAAAACAAAACAAAA